AUGAGUCAAUCAGGGCUCAAAGCUAGUCUUCGUCGCUUCAAAAGCAGAUUUCUUACGGGGUUUCGACUGAAAAAGUCGAAAAGAUCGUUCAACGUCCUGGGUGUAGAGCGCGUGGCGCCAGUCUCAGUAGAACGAAGCAUGUCUGAGCGAAUGGGCUAUUACAGGAGGAGAGCACCAGACAUCACUGAACAUCCUCGCUCGAGACUGGGAGUAUCAGGCAGGAGUGACACUACUGCAACUCGCCAGCAAAACACGCACUCUCGAAUCGCUUCAGAUCGUACAGAAAUUGGCCGUGCGUACCAAACAAGUCCCACCAGCACAGUUAGAGGCCGUAUAGCUUUCACAAGACUCAUGCGCACGGAUUUCGCCACUGCGGUUCCGAAAAUCCAACAUCUCAUCAAGAACACCACGAGCUUGUCUGAGAGCGAGAAACGUAGGGCACAAAAACGCCUGCAGAAAGCCGUCAAGCUGUUCGGCCAAGUCCAUACGAACGAGGACCUUGAAGCUGUCUACUUAAAGCUGGAGCAGUUCUAUGAUAAGUACAGCCGUGAAACUUUCGACGUUAGUGAAGCAGACGGGAGCUUCACGACAUCGAGCCAGCUUUACGGCUAUGACGACGCAGAUCGGCGAGGUCUUGGUGCUUCUCCGAUAGGACCAGUUCCUGGUAACGCAUUUUCUUUCGAUGUGCAACGGAAUCUCGAGAUAGGAUCUAGCCCACCAGUUGCAGCACAUUCCAGCAGGCCUGGUCCGAGCAACUAUGGUCAGCGUCUUUCUGUCUCAGACAGAAGCAGACCUACAGGGCAUGCAUCACCUCAUCCGUACGCGGACAGUGGGAUCAAUGACGAAGCGCGGGAAGGGAGACGACCGUCCCUUGUCAUCAAAACCCAAGACGCCGAGGGCUUGCAAAACAUGGUCGAGCCAGCAGCACCGAAGCAAAGCCGCAAGAUUCUCCAAGUCCGUCAGCGUCGUCGAGGACCUCAAAUCAAUGCCAGUGCCGGACGAACGUAUGGGUACUCGCCUGUAUCGAGCAAUGAAGAAGGAAAUGAAGAUAAGGGGUUGCACAGACCUCCUAGUCCCGUAGACAUAAGACCGCUCCGACGCAGACGGGACCAGGUACACAGGCUUAGCAAUUCCCUCCCCCUGAGAAAGUCCUCGCCAUCGGUAGCUCCUGAGAAAGCUCCAUCGGACGAGACCGUCAUCGUCCAUCGCCUAGCCAAUUCACCAGGCGGAGAUGAGACAGAUAUAUACAGCGGUCCGCCACCACCUGUAUUCCGUGCUGGGUCCUUCUGUUAUGAUAGGCAAGAGUCUUCACAGAAUCCCGUCUCGCGGGAGAACGCUCGCGCUGACGCCGGAAACACGAGCGGAGCCCAAGUCUCAGACGGACGCGCAAGUCCUUGGAAGCCAUUCAGGAGUCCCACAUUACAGAAACCUUCAACUAUGAACGACUCCCAACGCCCGGCAUACCGCAAUUCCAUCUUAGACAAACAGCCCUUCGCCCUUCACCAUGCCCCCCUACCAACACACCCACCCCCUUCUCCCACAAAAUCCGGACAAUGGCUCCGCGCAGCCUGCCACCCUGCACCACCCAAUCCCCCCAUCCAACCCUCACCUACGCCCAAUACCACCCAACCUCAAUGGAAAAACCUCGUCCAAGCUUCCCAAUCCACAAACAUCUUCUCCACUGCCACCACUACCCAGCCCGCCCCAUCUUCACCCCCUCUCCCCACUCACCCCCAAACCCCCGCAUCACCCACACUCUCCAGAUCUGCCGCCGAUAAUCUACGCAAAGCCGCCGCCACCGCAUCUCUCGGCCUCACCCUACUCAUCCAAAUCCUCGAAGACCACGGCACAUCCCCCGGGCCCUCGUUCCACGCCGUGCUUGCGCUCAUCAAUGAAUUCGACGAUGCUGGUCGUAAGCGGAAUGUCGGUAGGAUGUGUGACUCGCUGUGUAGUCUGGGCGUGUCAGCGAGUAGGAACGAGGAGAAUCCCACUACUGGAAAUAAUUAUGGCGGGAAUCCUGGCAGGUAUUAUCAUCCGAACCCAGCGUCCCAAAAACCAAACUAUCCUACCCCUGAAUCGACAGAUCCCUCGACAAAUCCGUCCAAUCUCCACAAGACCAGUUUUUUUAAUGGUAGCGUGCUUGAGGGUACGUUGUUGCAGAGCACGCCGACGCCUGCUGUUUUUCCGAGUAUGGCGGUGCGGCAGGGUGGUAUGUCGGGAUUGCGCGCAACGUCUGCGUCGGCUGGUAAUCAGGGCGCGAAUGCUAUGGGCUUGGAUUCGGGGUCGGGCGAGAAGCUGAGGCUGGGAUCUCAGAUUGAAUAUGAGGGUGAGAGUCAGUUGUAUGAGGCGCGUGUCAGGCAGUUGCUUGAGGAGUUGUCGGAGAGUAGGGGUGGGGAGGAGGGUCGGGAGGGUCGCACAUUGGAUUACGGAACAGUUGGACGAGAGUACGCUACGCGGCCCACCAAGCCUCAUAGACUCACGAUAUCGCCGCCUCGUCCCGGUACGCCGAUAUAUCAAGACUGCGCGACGCCCUAUGGGAGAGAUUUCCGUGAGGAUGCAAAGGGUAUUGUGGAUGCAAUGGGAUGGGUAAGGAGGGAGGGGAGUGGAGAGAGGGAGGAUUGCGAGAGUGUGGUGAGUGUGUAG